GAGAAUUGGUAUAUCUGGCGCACAGCUUGCAUAUUGCGUUACUAUGAUUCGGAAGCGUGUUGCGUAUAUUGCGAAAAUAAAAGGUUUCAGUCGUGAAGUGAAAAUUAAAGAUGUCAAACGGUUCUUCAGACCGAUUAGGAUAAAAGACUUCAGGGUUCUGAAAAAUGGCAUCGGUUUGGUGUUUUUUAAGAAUCACCAGGACUUGAAUGAAGCACUCAAAAAGAAGGGCGACAUAGGUGGAAGGGCAGUCAAGAUUGAGGAACACAUUCAAGAAGAGAAUGAAACGUCUUAUGUACAAGAACCUGAUCUACCUAAGUGGUUAGUUAAGACAAGUGACGAAAUAGUAUCUGCAAUAUUAGAGACCGGCCGGUUAUUUGUCCGUAAUCUGUCUUAUGCCUGCACUGAACAAGACCUUGAAAAGUUAUUUUCUGUUCAUGGAUCCCUAUCAGACAUUCACUUAGCUUUCGACCAUUGGUCUCAAGUGUCCAAGGGGUUUGCGUUCAUCACUUUCCUGUUCCCAUCUGACGCUGUGAAAGCCUACAAAUCACUAGAUAAAACAAAGUUUAUGGUGAGUAAUUCGGUAUACUUAUUAUACUUUUUACAUAAUUUUAAAAAUGCUUAAGCGUUGUUCGUUUUCUUAACACGAUUCUUUUGCGAUCGAUUUCCACAUGUAUGGUAACAAUAUAUCACUGCAGUUAACUUCCUCUGGAGUUUUGUAGAUACCAAAUAUUGAAAUAUAUGAUGGGUUUAUAAAACUCUGUUCGUCAAAAAUAUCUGGUCCUUUACCAAAAUCAUAAAUGGCUACCACUGGCCUGCAAUGUUUGCCAAAUAUUCAAGUUCUAACUUGCAGCGACCUUUCGAAUGAAUGCAAUCUAGUAAAUACAGGUCAGUCAACUUAGAACCUGGUGUGUAUGUACAUCGGUUCACGUUACCAUACCUCAUUAGCACAGAGAGAUAAAGUUGUCAGGCCAAAUUCCAGUAUAGUACAGGUAGUCACAGUAUCAGUGGUAAUAGUAAAAGUUUAGGAUGGAAGAUACUUUCCGAAGAGAAGAUACAAAUUCGUGGAGCAAAAAACAAAGAGAGGGUGUAAGGAAUUAAAAACCUCAGAAUUCGAGGGAAGACAAAGAAUGGUUGCGCGUGCGCCACUGCAAACGAUUAUCGGCCAUGUCGUUCAAGGUCGCUAACCAUUGGUCACGAUAGUUACGCGGACCUCAACCGGGUAGUCUAUGCCUACUAACAUGGCUAAGUCCAAUUGUCAAUGACUUCAGUGACUGGUGCCAUGUCUUGGUUUGGCCGCCCUUAGCUUUCGUCCAGCCUACUCGUGUAUCAGAAAAAUCAUCGCUCGUCAAGACAGGUGGUGGUUGAGUAUACGUAACACAUAUCCAAACCACCUCAGCUGAUGAAUACCUACUACCUCAUCAAUCGACUUCCCAUCCUUGUACCUAGUACUGUAUUCCCAACUCAGACAUUACUCACUCUGUAGUCGCAAAAUACACGGGCAAUGCUUCGUAGACACCUACGAUUGAAUAUCAGUAACCUACGAAUAUCCGCUAUUCUUAAUGGUCAUGUUUCACAUCCAGAAAGUAGGACGAAGUGAACUGCUGCUCAGUAAAGUCGCCCUUUGGUUGGAAGAUAGAUAUCUCACCUGCACUACAAGUGACGCAAGUUGGCAAAAGCCAAUCGAACCUUCAGAAUCCAUGUCGAGAUUUCGUCAGAUAUCAGACCAUCAAUACUGAUGAGACGAUGCGUUUAGCUACUUCACUAUCUAUCAUUAAUUCAGGUGAUGACGCAAGCCAAGUGUGAAGUAACAUUUUCCAUUUGGAGGAAGAUAACCGCACCCCAAACAUAGUUGGAUUGUUGUUUAAGGUGGUCACAAGUUCUCAUUUUGUCAGCAUUUCAUCAACAGAACUAUAUCAUCUGUGUAUUCUGAUUCAACAAGUUAAUCUCCUUGUAGAAGAUCAAUUCCUGAAAGUGUUCUCUGUAAAGGCAUGUUUGUGACCAAGUUAAAUAAAAGUAGAGAGAGCGGAUAACCCUAAUGAACACCACUUGAAGUGCCCAGUUUCGGUGACCAUUCGCUGUGCACUCUGACUCGACCAGUAGUGUUCGAGUAGAGGGCAUUUAUAAGGUUAAUGAACUUAUUUGGUAUGCCUUUCAAUGACAGACUGCCACAGAACCUCACGACCAAUGGAGUCGAACACCACCUUAAUGUCAAGAAAUACAACCAUAGAGGGACGUCGGAAAGUAUGUCUAUCUUCCAGAAUCUGCCGAAGGGUGAAUAUUUGAUCUAUACAUUCACAUCGAGGUCUGAAACUAGCCUAGUUUUCUUGAGUUCGCGCUUCACGAGCUCUGGUUAGACGUCGAAGUAUUGGUGAGGCUAAUAUUCUAGUCACUAUAUUAGUUGGACGUAUUGCUCUGUGAUUGUCGUAAAAGGGUGUUUGUUCUGUUUUAUAAACUGGGAUGAUCAGCGAUCGAGACCAGUCAGAUGGGUUACGUCCAGUCCAGAGAUUUUAACUAAGAUUUCAGUUAAUCUGACUGCUAAAACUGGGCUACCAUCCUCAAAAAUCUCAGGGACUAGUCCAUCAGGCCGUGCUACUCUCCCUCACAUAAGUUUAUUUAUAGCCUUUACAAUCUCACUAAGAGUUGGAGGACGUGUAUCAGUUUGCCAUUCAUGUAGCUUGGAGAUAAUAAGCAACUGAACUAUGGCUGAAGGCUCACGAUUAUUACGUAGGCUUUUUAUUAACCUACGCUCGAAUUGCCUCCACUUCUCGUCGUGUUCAGCAGCCAGGAGAGAUGAGUUUUCGAGCACCUAUCAGUUUUGUAGACGCCGCUGAAAUUUGCUGAUUUUUCUUAGCCUUUUGGUCCAAGUUAGUAGUUGUUAUCACUGCUAUUUCCAAAAGUUUUUGGAUAUCGUAUCAAGCUAUCAUAGGAUAAGUAUCACGUCUACGGGUAACUCCUCUAGUAGUUCCUGAAAUAUAUUCCCAACUUUUUCAUCAAGUUGAUUUCUAAGAGGUUUCGUUGCUGUGGUUUUUCUAUGGCCUGUAAGACGCAAACAAUUAUGUGCUCGAACUAGAGCAUUGUCAGAGUCUACACACGUGAUCCUUAGUGAGACAGUCUUUUAGCGAGGCCGUCCAAUGAUGGCUAGACGCAAUGUUAUCUAUUUGAGUCCAUCGAUCAGUCGAUGGUCGCUACGUCAGACGAUGUUUCUCCCUAUGUUUAAAGUUGGUGUUUACCAGAAAUAGACGAUUAUUUGAGCAUCGUUGCAACAGACGGUCACCAUUAUCUGUUCGCUGAACAUCAACACCGUAGUAACCGCCCAAAUGCCUUUCAGUUUGAUUUAGUUUACCUAUUCGAACACCGAAAUUACACGCCACUAUCACUACAUCAGAGAGUUCAGCUUUUUGAAGGAGGUUGGAUAGUUUCCCAUAAAAUUUAUCUUUAACUUCAAUUGAGCUGCAGUGGGAACGUAGGCAGAAACAACGAGAAGGAAACGGUGAGUCCCAUCAAUACUGAUGAGACGAUGCGUUUAGCUACUUCACUAUCUAUCAUUAAUUCAGGUGAUGACCCAAGCCAAGUGUGAAGUAACAUUUUCCAUUUGGAGGAAGAUAACCGCACCCCAAACAUAGUUGGAUUGUUGUUUAAGGUGGUCACAAGUUCUCAUUUUGUCAGCAUUUCAUCAACAGAACUAUAUCAUCUGUGUAUUCUGAGUACUCGGUGUUGGUUUGAGUGUUAGUGGUAUUAACCUUCCACCCAAACCAAAGUAGAACAGGUCUUGAUCAUUAACCGAAAAAUUUUACUACUAAGCCGUUAAUCUAAGAAAACAACUACGUGGGUAUUUAUACAUGGUAUGUCAAGUGCUUCCUGUCAUUUAAUUUAUGAUAUGAACCAGUAUUGCUUACUUUUUGUGAGGACCCGACGCAGAAGUAAAUUUUCACUUUUUAGUAGCAUAAGUGCAUCCUAAAUGUUUUAGGAGUCCACAAGUAACUCAAGAUACUAUACAAAUUUAUAUAUGGUCUGUAAUCCUAAUUUUAUUUGAAUGUUAUUGUGAGCACUGGAAGUCUCUUUACCUAGUUAAUUUAGGUACUACAAUAAGUAGAUUAAUUUAAUCUGGAACUUUGUGUUACUGACAAUCCUAUAUUAGUCAAAAUUAGUUGAAUUUACAAAGUAAAGAGGCUUAUGAUGCGAAAAACUGCAUAAAUUGACGAGUCGCCAAGGUAUAACUGAAAUGCCAUAGCAUGUUUAUACAUUUCAACAGGAAAAUUUAACCGAAGAAAUACAAUUUUGAAGAACACUACUCUUGCAGUUAUUCAGAUCGUUGGCUAAAAUAAUCAUAUUUAAUAAUAAGAAAUGUAUCUAGACCAUCAUGUUUGUCACUAACAUUCUAAGUUACGUAUUUUAUGGUUAAAAUACGGUUGUCUUGCUUAUCGGUCUGUGUUGUAUGUCGCUAAGUUACAAAAUAUUUAAACCCUAUGAAACAAAGUGCAACCGUUAGACUUCAUUGAAUUCAUGUAUUUCAGCUUUAGGCAUUGAAUUUAAAUAAGUCGGUCAGUUUUCGUUUUUUAGCUCUUAUUUCAGUAGUAAGUUUGUCAGUCAUUUAGUCGUCUCUCAAACUAAUAAUCUUUUCUGUAAAUGUCCUAGUCAGUUUGGCUUUCCAUCCUGAUUCUGCUAGCGUUAUAGUGUUUUCGAAAGUGUCAAACCUACUAUAUUACUGAGUACAAUUCUGCAGCUCAGCUGAAAACAGGUCUUCAUUAUCAAUAUAAACUCUGCUACAAAUAUGCAUUGACUAAAGUUGCCAUACUACAUUGAAGUGAGGUGAAAUUAUCAGAAUAAGUAGCAUAGGAGUCGGAGUGACAUUAAUAUCAGUAAUGGGCAGUAGAACUAAACAUUGAGAAUGUUCAAAAAGAAGACAUGUGCCGAAGAAUAUACCCCUUAAAAUACAAGGGGGAAAUAAGAAGUGAACGCUUCUCUACCAAUGCGAUCGGUUGUAAACCGUAUCACCUGGCUUUCUCAAUUCCUGAUUGUAUCUGCAUCCUCCAGCAGUCGUUGAUCUCGUGGAUUGAUAUUACGUGGUGAUUUGGUCUCCUACCAACGUCCAUCCAACAUUCCGAGUCGAAGUGUGAUGUGGUUGGUUAUACAUAACGUAUAUCCCAGCCAAUUCGAACCCUAACAGUGUUAUUUGGUAUGUCUUAAGAUUCCUGUAGCAUGUGGAUCAUUUGACAGGCAUUCCUUCUACAACCCUACAAUCACAUUUAAAAGCAUACAGGUUUUCGAAAAUUGCUUUGUUGGUUUAUCGCCUUCACUUUAGCUUCUCAAGUAGUUUUUGUAAGUAUUACUGUUUCCGAAAUUCACUACGAACACUUGUCCUUUAGCUACCAAGAUAUACCAUUAUAAUGGAUUCCUCAACGGAAAAUUGUUAAAGUAAGAUUCUGACUCAACUACACUGAACGUAGGUUUCAGUAAACAUUGGAAAAAGUAGAAUGGCAUACGAUGUAUUUUAAGCUAAUUUUGAAUCUUGCAGGAUGAGGUCACAAUAAAUUAAUUAAGAAUGUAAUGCUCAUGCAAAGAGAAGUCAAAUAUGGAACUACAAAUCUUGAGUUUCCGAGAAAGAUGUUUGGGGAAUCCUUCGAUAUCACCAAGGUCAGGUGCAAUCACUAUCUUCUAGGUUAUCCAACAGAUCCAAUUAGUAUUAGGAGCAUCCAUUGUUUACAUAACUUCCUAAUCUCACGAUUCUAGGAAGCACCUAUAUAUAUAUAUAUAUAUAUAUAUAUAUAUAUAUAUAUAUAUUGGUAGGUUAAUUUAUUGAAAUUAAUUUACUAAUAUUUUCAUUAUCUUGUGUUAAAAGAACUUACGGAAUUUUUUUAGUGGUGGUUUUCCACUGUAAAUCGUAUGAAACCAAUUGACUCAUGAUCUUAACCAUUGAAAUUACUACAAUCCACAAAAACCCAUCUGAUAUGAAACCAUAAUACUUUAGUAUGUUUAACUUUCUCAUGUGGUUUGAGAACCAGACUUCUGAUAAUGAAUUAAGCUUACGACCUAUAAUAUAAAUUUACUCCAACCAUUUAAUAACCACUAAUCUUUGCACUUCAUUUUUACCUGGUGUGUUUGUAGGACAAUUAUUUAACAAGUUUUCAUUAUGAUAAACAUGUAAUUGUUAACUAACUAGUUAUUCUAAAAUUACGUAUGUAUCUCACUAUUCGAUGUUUGUCAGUCUCAAUGGAGUAUUGUUAACUGUGUUUUAAAUUAGUUAUAUUUUUACAUCUAGGACAGGCUAAUUCACAUCCUCCCUGGUCAAGAAAACACAGAACCUAAGGACUCAUUUAGAAAGCUUCUAAACAAUUUUUAUAGAAAUGAGAAUUUCGCUGAUCCACCAAAGAUGCUUCUAUCAAGCUUUCAAAACGAUCGAUUUCAAGAAUUGAAAAAGGAUUCAAGCAUUGGACAUAAUUGGAAUGCUUUAUUUAUUCGUCCAGAUGCUGUUGCUACAUAUUUAGCUGCGAAAUUCGGUUUGACUAUGGUAAAAGCUUUAUUUUGAUGAGUAAUAGCUUUCAAAUAAUUUCUGAACUCUACGGCGAUUAUCAGAAUACAAAGUACUAUUCUCAAUCAAUAAAUUCAGUAUAAAUCUUUCGAUUUAUUAGUGAAUGCUAGUUUGAAUUUACCCCUCUACGCCUAAAGUUUUCAGUACUUCUUAACCGUUCACUUAUUCAUGGUAUUGUUAUUUAUUCAACAGGGAAUUAACAAUGCUGGAUACAAAAGAAAAGAUAACUGAAGAUUUAUUUGACACCAAAAAUCGAUCGAGAACUAUUUAUGAAUACGCUGAUUUUUGUGCGAUUUUUCAGAUCUAUUAAUAGUCACAUAUUGAACAAAUUAUACGGAGUAGCGCUUGAUAUUAAUUAAUAGACAAUUUGAGUGUAUGAAGACAAUUUAUAAUGUCAUAAAAUUCAACUGUUAUAAUCAACAAAUUUAACUAAUGUAAUGAGCUAUUUAAUUGUUCUACACUGAUUGUAAAGUCCUUUGGGAAAUACGAGAAAUGUAAAGUGUAUAAACGAGCCAGGCAGAUUAAGAAUAGUGAUUAUUCCAUCUUAUUGCGUAUUUCAAAAUCCAAUUACUAACAACUUUGAAGUUGUAAUGAGCUAUGUAACAAUUCAACAAAAUGUACGAAUGUUUUGCUAUUUACGUGCUGAAAGCUGACAAACAUAACAAGAUUAAAGACUAGGAAUUGAUCUACUCGAUUUUUAGAACUGUAGAGGAAGAUUUACUGGUUUUUCAGGAGAAAAAACAAUACAAACCAAUAUACCUAAAAUACACAACAUACAGGAUUUUUGAAGUAAACUAAACGUUUUCACUGUGACAUCACUUUAUUAAAAAACAUUAAAGUUUAAGAUUGUGCAUCGUGAAUAUUUGUGCAAGUUUUGUUAAUCUAUGUGGUUAUAAAGAGGCAAUGUUUUGUAGCUAAACUUGUAACCUUAACCCCUUCAUCCUAGCUGAUGUUAGUUUGGUAUGAACACCCUAACUUUUUUUCCUUUACUGUAAGUGGUUAUUUGAAUGAAAAAGUUGAUUACUCAUGUCAAAACUCGUGAUCUCUUGUAAUUUUAUCAUUUUUUGUUUUAAAUUCUUUUAUAAAUAAAAACUCCCUAUUUGACUGACCAAAACAUCGCUCAAGGUCGACCAUUUACUUUACUUCUGUCGAAAAUACAUUAGUUAAUGAUUCAUUUUCUACAGUUUAGCAUUUGUUGAGCCACUUAAACUGGUGAUCACAUUAUGACUUGAGUUCAAUCAGCACUAAAGGGCUAAACAAAGGUAGCAUUGGUCACAACUCAGCGAUCAAUCAACUGUAGAUAUCUCAGUCGAGGUGCUAGUAACUCAGUCGUAACUCUUCCGACUGAAAACUUGGGUGAUCCUGAUUCGAACUCCACAUGGAACAUAAGUUCCUUGAGUAUUUCAAGAACGCCUUAAUGAAGAGUGCGAACUAGCACAAAACGCGGGUUCGGCGUUCCGUGCUGAUUAUCCCCGAGCACCUAAUAAAUUUGCAUGGCUACUUAAUACUUUUCAAGGGAUGUAAUUUUUGUUAUAUUCACACUCUGAUAUUGUAAUCCUACUUCUGUGCACAUUAAUUCCACAAAAGAUCACACUUGUCAUUCUAAAUCAAACACUAACAUGAAUUUGUUAUUUAUUCUUCUUUUAAGGAACAAGUUUUAGAUCCAUCAGGAAAUAAGUCAGUUGCUGUACGAUUGGCACAUGGUGAGACACAGUUAGUUGCUGAAAUGAAAGAAUUUUUAAAAACUCAUGGUGUACGAUUGGAAGCUUUCGAAAAGCACAAUGAUGAGACUGAGGUGAAAGAAACAGAAGAUAAUUCCGUUGUUGUUCACGAAACAUCAGGUCAACGUAGUCGUUUAGAAUCAAAGUCAAGAUCAACUAUUCGUCAAUUAUCAGGAACUGCAUUUUUAAUAAAAAAUCUACCAGCUGGAACAACUGAGUUUGAAGUUCGAGAUUUGCUUAAACGGUAUACAAAAAGCUCUGUAACUGUUGAUGCUAACACUCCUUCAAUUCGUUCCGGAUUAAAACGUGUUCUAGUACCCCCUUUAGGCAUUACUGCUAUUGUAGAAUAUGCCCAUUCUCAACAAGCUCGGUUGAUGUACAAAGCACUUGCAUAUGAACCGUUUAGAGAUAGUGUUCUGUUUCUACAGUGGUUACCAGAUGGGGCUCUGAAAUCAUCCACUCCUGAUGAUAAUGAAUAUGAGGAAAUAAAAUCCGAAGCUUCCACACAUAAGCCGAAAAGGACGAAACACGAGAAAUCAUCUGUUGAUAAGGUUAAAAAAAUUGAGCAAUCUGACGAUGAAUUUGAACUGAUCACAUCCAUUCCAACUGGUAAACGCAAGUUCAGAGAUGAUCAUGAUGAUGAAGAUACAGUAGCAGUUAUGGAUCACUCAUCUCAUCAUGACAAUGAAAACAUUUCAUAUCAAAUAUCAAAAUCUCAACGAGUUAAAAAAUAUUUAAAUAAAAAACAAAAGAUUGAACAAAUAGCUAACAAUAAAUCAAGUGAAUUGGAACUAAUCGACAAAUUUAUGGGACAUAAAAGUAAAAAAGUAAAAUUCACUAACGAUGUUAACGUUGAAUGUGUCAAUCAACUACACUCAAAUAAUGAAAAUAGGAUAAAUAAAUGUGAUACUACUACUAAUAUUAACGAACAACACAAAGAGGAAAUUAAUAUUAAAAAAUCAAUACCAUCAAAACAGUUGAAAAAGAAUAAAAUUUUAAUUGUACGUAAUAUUCCAUUUCAAGCUACACAAAAAGAAUUGAUUGAGUUAUUUCAACCUAUUGGUGGUCUUGUCAAUGUUCGAUUACCAAAAAAACCAACUAGCGGACAUCGUGGAUUUGCAUUCGUUGAAUUCGACACAAUGGACAAAUCAAAAAUUGCAUUGGAGACAUUGGGCGUAGCUACGCAUUUAUUAGGUCGUCGUUUACUCAUGGAAUAUGCACAAAUGUAAAAAUUAUUGCAACAUGUAAUGGAAUUUCUAUUUUUGUAAAUAAUAAUUCAUUCAAAUGAACUUAUUUGUCGGUUACAGAACGUUUAUUAAAGCAGAAAUACGGUUUUGCUUUUUUUCUCGUUUAUUUUACUGUAACUUGGUGUAAUGUAUAAUGUAUGCGAAUGAGUUUAAAUGUGAAAAUACUUCAAAAUAACAGUUUCUAAUAGUAAUCACUGUAUUUAGAUCAACAACAGGUUUAUAAAUCGUGUUUAACUCAUUAUUUUGUUACCUACUGUAUAUAUACUGUAAAUAAAUACGCAAUUUAGUUUGUACGUGAAAAAUAACCAUACUUUACAUAAAAAAUCUUAAAAAUUUCUACCUCAUAUCUGAUAAACAAAUAAAUGGACAUGUAAACUCUUGGAAUUCAUUUUUAUCCAAUUAAAAUCAGCACUGGUAAGCAGUGAAACCCAAAAAGCAUUAAACAGCUAUUUCAUCCCAGAUUUUUUUGUCGGACUUAUCAGUAAUGGGCGCUUUUACGCUAAAAAUACAAUUGAAUCCUGAACAACCAUGUAUGAUGAGCUCAUCUUACCCAGAUCUAUCGAUGUCAAAAUCCGUACGUUCACAUCCCCAACACCAGUCAAUUCAUGAUAAAUAGAGAUAAUCACUCAAUACUAUUAAUGAGUAGCUGUCUUAUUUCUCUUUCGAGAUGAUCAAACUCUACCGAUCUCACUUUUUCACUACAAUUUUGAGAACUGUCCUUCGAGUAUCUGGAGACUACACUACUACUUCCUGCGUCCGCGCUGGCGUGGGUAUGAGUUCGAGAGCUGGACAGAGUAUGUUAGACUGGUUCCCAACAGACAAUCGCUUGUGCUUUAUCCUAAUAAACAGGACUGUGAAAACUCAAAAUUAUAGGGACUCACCGUUUCCUUCUCGUUGUUUCUGCCUACGUUCCCACUGCAGCUCAAUUGAAGUUAAAGAUAAAUUUUAUGGGAAACUAUCCAACCUCCUUCAAAAAGCUGAACUCUCUGAUGUAGUGAUAGUGGCGUGUAAUUUCGGUGUUCGAAUAGGUAAACUAAAUCAAACUGAAAGGCAUUUGGGCGGUUACUACGGUGUUGAUGUUCAGCGAACAGAUAAUGGUGACCGUCUGUUGCAACGAUGCUCAAAUAAUCGUCUAUUUCUGGUAAACACCAACUUUAAACAUAGGGAGAAACAUCGUCUGACGUAGCGACCAUCGACUGAUCGAUGGACUCAAAUAGAUAACAUUGCGUCUAGCCAUCAUUGGACGGCCUCGCUAAAAGACUGUCUCACUAAGGAUCACGUGUGUAGACUCUGACAAUGCUCUAGUUCGAGCACAUAAUUGUUUGCGUCUUACAGGCCAUAGAAAAACCACAGCAACGAAACCUCUUAGAAAUCAACUUGAUGAAAAAGUUGGGAAUAUAUUUCAGGAACUACUAGAGGAGUUACCCGUAGACGUGAUACUUAUCCUAUGAUAGCUUGAUACGAUAUCCAAAAACUUUUGGAAAUAGCAGUGAUAACAACUACUAACUUGGACCAAAAGGCUAAGAAAAAUCAGCAAAUUUCAGCGGCGUCUACAAAACUGAUAGGUGCUCGAAAACUCAUCUCUCCUGGCUGCUGAACACGACGAGAAGUGGAGGCAAUUCGAGCGUAGGUUAAUAAAAAGCCUACGUAAUAAUCGUGAGCCUUCAGCCAUAGUUCAGUUGCUUAUUAUCUCCAAGCUACAUGAAUGGCAAACUGAUACACGUCCUCCAACUCUUAGUGAGAUUGUAAAGGCUAUAAAUAAACUUAUGUGAGGGAGAGUAGCACGGCCUGAUGGACUAGUCCCUGAGAUUUUUGAGGAUGGUAGCCCAGUUUUAGCAGUCAGAUUAACUGAAAUCUUAGUUAAAAUCUCUGGACUGGACGUAACCCAUCUGACUGGUCUCGAUCGCUGAUCAUCCCAGUUUAUAAAACAGAACAAACACCCUUUUACGACAAUCACAGAGCAAUACGUCCAACUAAUAUAGUGACUAGAAUAUUAGCCUCACCAAUACUUCGACGUCUAACCAGAGCUCGUGAAGCGCGAACUCAAGAAAACUAGGCUAGUUUCAGACCUCGAUGUGAAUGUAUAGAUCAAAUAUUCACCCUUCGGCAGAUUCUGGAAGAUAGACAUACUUUCCGACGUCCCUCUAUGGUUGUAUUUCUUGACAUUAAGGUGGUGUUCGACUCCAUUGGUCGUGAGGUUCUGUGGCAGUCUGUCAUUGAAAGGCAUACCAAAUAAGUUCAUUAACCUUAUAAAUGCCCUCUACUCGAACACUACUGGUCGAGUCAGAGUGCACAGCGAAUGGUCACCGAAACUGGGCACUUCAAGUGGUGUUCAUUAGGGUUAUCCGCUCUCUCUACUUUUAUUUAACUUGGUCACAAACAUGCCUUUACAGAGAACACUUUCAGGAAUUGAUCUUCUACAAGGAGAUUAACUUGUUGAAUCAGAAUACACAGAUGAUAUAGUUCUGUUGAUGAAAUGCUGACAAAAUGAGAACUUGUGACCACCUUAAACAACAAUCCAACUAUGUUUGGGGUGCGGUUAUCUUCCUCCAAAUGGAAAAUGUUACUUCACACUUGGCUUGCGUCAUCACCUGAAUUAAUGAUAGAUAGUGAAGUAGCUAAACGCAUCGUCUCAUCAGUAUUGAUGGUCUGAUAUCUGACGAAAUCUCGACAUGGAUUCUGAAGGUUCGAUUGGCUUUUGCCAACUUGCGUCACUUGUAGUGCAGGUGAGAUAUCUAUCUUCCAACCAAAGGGCGACUUUACUGAGCAGCAGUUCACUUCGUCCUACUUUCUGGAUGUGAAACAUGACCAUUAAGAAUAGCGGAUAUUCGUAGGUUACUGAUAUUCAAUCGUAGGUGUCUACGAAGCAUUGCCCGUGUAUUUUGCGACUACAGAGUGAGUAAUGUCUGAGUUGGGAAUACAGUACUAGGUACAAGGAUGGGAAGUCGAUUGAUGAGGUAGUAGGUAUUCAUCAGCUGAGGUGGUUUGGAUAUGUGUUACGUAUACUCAACCACCACCUGUCUUGACGAGCGAUGAUUUUUCUGAUACACGAGUAGGCUGGACGAAAGCUAAGGGCGGCCAAACCAAGACAUGGCACCAGUCACUGAAGUCAUUGACAAUUGAACUUAGCCAUGUUAGUAGGCAUAGACUACCCGGUUGAGGUCCGCGUAACUAUCGUGACCAAUGGUUAGCGACCUUGAACGACAUGGCCGAUAAUCGUUUGCAGUGGCGCACGCGCAACCAUUCUUUGUCUUCCCUCGAAUUCUGAGGUUUUUAAUUCCUUACACCCUCUCUUUGUUUUUUGCUCCACGAAUUUGUAUCUUCUCUUCGGAAAGUAUCUUCCAUCCUAAACUUUUACUAUUACCACUGAUACUGUGACUACCUGUACUAUACUGGAAUUUGGCCUGACAACUUUAUCUCUCUGUGCUAAUGAGGUAUGGUAACGUGAACCGAUGUACAUACACACCAGGUUCUACGUUGUGGCUGACUGAGUGAACGGCUGUCUGUAAAGUUAAUAACUAGCAAGCUUAUGAUUGUGAUCAACCUAUUGAUUUGCGUUAGAAUGCGUGGUUGUAUGAAUAAACCCUAGUUUAAUUUAUCCAAACGUUUAAUGGUUUGUAGUCAUGCUUAAAUUUUUCUAUCUGAUUUAUUUUAUCGUUUGUUUAAAAGCUAGUUUCAAUAAUAGCCGUUUUACUUGGAAUAUGGCUCACAGCUCAAUACACGAAUUUAUACCUGAUAAAUGAGCUGAACGUAAUGAAAAAAUAUGGUAAGUGAAUUUCAUCGCUGAUCAACUCGUAUAAUUCGUGCUGCAUUUUACAUAGCCUUUUGAAGUAUAAAAGUCUUUCUUGUAACCAAUUAGAAUACACCUGUGAAGAUUCAAGUUAGUAAGGUCGCGCAAUUUAGAAAAUACAUACAGAAUACUACUACUACUACUACUACUACUACUACUACUACUACUACUACUACUAC